AACGAAACACAUUACGAGCCAUUUGUCACCCUUUCUUUAUUGCCUUGCCCUCUCUUUAGCCUCCCUUUCAUUUUGACGUAUCGUCUGCUCUAUCGCGUGGUCGUCUCGCAAGAGCUCUGAAUGUCACAUUUCUGUUCCCAGUUAUUUCUACUUUUCUGAGUGUUAAACCCUUCAGAUUGUAGAGAGAAAGUAUUCUUUGCUUCUUGCAUUGCUUCAGUUGACGUCUUGGUCCUGGCGAUAAUUUCCCUUUCUGGGCUCUACAUCGUGAAUUUUGUCAAUUAUCCCUCACUUCUGGUCUAGCUGUCUCUUUACCAGUUUGUACGAGAGUGACUCUCUCGGUUUAUGUGUGUGUGCCCUGUGAACCCAGGAACCACAUAAGUCUCAUACAAUCUUCCAUACAUCGUAUUCAUUUCAUACACUUCAUACAAGUUCCACCCAUUGCUCAACGCUCACCCCUUUUUCAUAUUUCAUCAUUCGUAUUUCAUCUGAAUCAAAUACAAGGCUGCUUACAACAGUCAGGCUACUUGAAAAUCCUACCGGUUCCAUCGGAGGGAACAGAUCUCUUUUUGGAAAAAUGGGAAACCACAUAAUUUACGUUCUCGUUCGCUUAAAAAAAGGUAAAACCGAGCUAGGUAUUUGGACUAUGGAUUCCAUAACUUUUCCCAAAACAUUUGUGUCUCUUCCCAACCUUGAAGACACAAUUCGCAUGCUUAUAGAGUUCAUUUCUGAGAAGACUGAUGUUGCUUUAAAUUGGCCGAAGCAUAGUGCUUCAGGUGACGACCCAUCGAUCCAAUCGGAACCUAAAGCUGGGCCUGUCAUUUCCUUCUCAGAAGACAUAAAGGUGUUAGAACUAACACGUGAUGCAAUGCUAAAACCCAAAACAAAAUCUGCACAGUCCACCAAAAUCUUGCACUCAACUCCAAAAUCACAAGUGGCCCCCAAAGCUGUUGCUUCCGUUCCCUAUGCCAAGAAGUCUUUGCCUCCAGUAUUUAGGAAUACUUCAAAUUCCGAACACAUACAGCAGAGCAAGAGAAAAACAACACAAACAAAUCAAGCAGGAAGCAAAUAUCAAUCAGUCAAACCAACAGCUGACUCAGUCAGUGAUUUGGGUGUAAGUGCUCUAGUAUCAUCUGAAAGCGAAGAAUCAAACUCUGGUAAUGAAGAAGGCGAUUGGUUGGAUCCAUCUCCUCCUUCUCGUCCGCUCAAAAAAGUCCCACGGAGUGAUGUAGUUCACUGUAUUGGCAGUGCCUCAAAAAACGUUUGUCGUAAUGGACUUAUUCUGACUCCUCCAGGAUCUCGUUGUAACACACCCUCAUCUUUCCGAACUCCAAGUAGUGAGGACGAAAACAGUCAGGCUCAGAUCAUUGAACAGUCAAAUUCCCUUCAAGAACUUGAAGAAGAAAAUUCUUUUUUCAAAGAACAGCUGAAUCAAAGUUUGAUUGAUUACGAAGACAUGAAAGCUGAAUACGAAAGGGAACUAGUUGAAAAGGACGAACUUAAAAAGAGUUUACGUGAGCAAAACCCAUUAGUACUAGCGCAAACUCUAAGGGAAUCUGUGCUGUUGCUGGACACCGCUCUGGCUAAUUUGCCAUCAAAUAGCCGCCAGUCUGUAGCUGUAAGCGCUGCUAAUAGUGCGGCUCCUUCGCGUUCAAUGGUGAAACUUCACGAAGAUUAUACCACCAUAAUUGAUCCCAGCGCCCUCAAAUUGGCUAUGUCGUACGGAAAAUCCGGAAAUACGACAAAGGAAAUGGGAAAGAUGGUGGCCACUAUAAUGGAGGCUUUUUGGGACUAG